GUGUGUCGUGUACCUACCGGACACUUGACAGUUGUUCCGAAGCGAAAGCGUGUUUACUUUGAUCGGCGUCGGUGAGCGGUACAACACGGCGAUCAUGGCAUUGAAAGGCGGUCGGAAAAGUAAUAAGAAUCCUCCGAUUCUCAGCCAUGAAUUCGUUAUCCAGAAUCAUGCCGAUAUUGUGUCGUGUGUGGCUAUGGUGUUUGUCUUGGGAUUAAUGUUUCAGACUACUUCUCCACUAGCAUCAGUAUUUAUUGCUGUUCAGCACAAUGCUUCAGAUAUUGAAACUGCCGAGGCACCUAUGACAUACACUUACGGCAGCCGUGACUUUGCUGCAGUGUUCUUUUAUUGUCUUAUAUCCAUUGUUAUGCACGCCAUCAUCCAGGAGUAUGUUUUGGAUAAAAUAAACAGAAAACUUCAUUUAUCAAAAGUAAAGCAUAGCAAAUUCAAUGAAAGUGGCCAGCUGUUGAUAUUUACUGCUGUAUCUGCUGCUUGGGCCGUCAACAUACUUAUAAAUGAUAAUGUCAUAACAGAUAUCACAGCAUUAUGGUCAGAUUACCCAACUGGCCAUGCUCAGAUGUCAUUUAUGUUGAAAUUUUACUUCAUCAUUCAAAUGUCUUACUGGUUGCAUUGCUACCCUGAACUGUACUUCCAAAAGACCAAACGGGACGAAAUUUCGGGCAGAGUCACAACAUGCAACAUUAUACUUGAUCUUUGUAUAGCUGCUUAUGUUUUGAAUUUUGACAGGGUUUCAACCGAGUUGGACCUUGUUUUACUCAGUCUGAGAUUUGUUGAAGAAGCUAUUUUGCACAUCUGUAGAUUGCUUUAUUUUGCUGAGAAGCAUCAGCGGCUAGCACAGGCAGGUUUCAGUGUGUGGAAUGUUGUGUUUGUAAUGUCUAGGCUAGCUAGUAUCAUUGUUGCAAUUCUUACUUUCCAUUAUGGGUUGGCCAUAAAUGAAAAUCAGGUUUUAGACAUAGCUACUGGAAACUUUAAUAUUCCACUUGUAAGGUUGAAUGCAUUAAUAGCAGUGUGCUUGAUACAAGCAUGGAUGAUGUGGAAUUUCAUUCAUUUCCACUUGCGAAAACUACGAGAGCGUCAAGCUGAAGCUCUUGCCUUGCAACUAAAAGCCGUGGAAAAGAAAGUCAAGACUAAGAACAAGAAGGAUGAUUCAAAGCGCAGUUCAGAGGAGGAUGUUAGUGAGUUACCAGAAGUGGACCAGCAGACAAGAAGACGUCGAUAGGAGGAAAUGAAUUUUGGCUAUAGUGCACAAGUAUCUCGUUUACAGUUACAGUCACUUUCUGUAAUGGAAUAGUAAUGUGUAUCAAGGAAAUAUCUAAAAUUUCCUGUUGAUGAUUGUUAAGCAUAUACCAUUACAAUAAUUCUUUUAAUAUGAAUAUUUAUUAGUUUUUUACAGUAGACGAUAAAUGAUUACAAGUGAUGGUUGUAAGAAAUGCUGUUGCCUAUCUGAAGGCAAGGAUUUUGAAGUAUUUUGUAAUUUAUUACAAUGCUGUUUAUGAUUAAUUGUAAUUGUUGGAUCAUGGAGGUAAAAUAUUCUUUUGUAGGAUUGUAUAUUUCUUCAUUAAUAUGAAAGCUGUUCAGAUGUAUUUGUGCAAUUUUCAUAAGCUUUUUGUACAAGCUUCUAUAUUAUUGAGCAUAAAGUCUUAUUCUGUAAAUAUAUGCAGUUGGCCGUCGUGGGUACACUUUUAGGUUAUUUUUCAUACUGUAAAUAGCAUAUAAUAGAUCUUUUAUAAACAAUAUACUCUUAUGUAUGAUGUUUGGUAACUUGACAUUUAUAUAAUGGCUUAUAUUUUGGGUUGGGUCCUU